UCCUGAGAGAGGCGGUGGGCCGAGAGAGGAGAAUAAAUCGGACCAGGAUUUGGAGUAAAACACAAACAAAUCGCCUAUAAAUUCCAACCUUCACAUCAGAUUCUCCACACCACCUAUUACUCUCUUCUUCUCUGCCGCUCCCCUCUGAGUUUCUCUCCCCUUUAUCUGGAGUUGGAGCCGCCGCAGGGCGCUUCUCGGCUCCCUGUUGCCGUCGUCUGGGUUGGGGUUUUGUACCCAAGUUCGAGUGGUGAUCGUAUCAGUACGUUCGGUUUCUUUUUUUAGAUCCUCAAUUUUCGAGAUGGCAAAUCAAUCAGAAAAUCCACCAACAGCAACGGACGUGGGCGAGAAUUUUAUAAACCAAUACCAUCAAGUCUUUCGAGAUGAUUCUAAGGUGCUCCAUAAAUUUUAUCAGGAUUCAAGUGUGAUAUCUCGUCCUGAACAAGAUGGUUCGAUGAAGUCAGUGACAGCUAUGGAAGGCAUUGAGAACAUGCUACUGUCCUCGGGUUACCACAAUUAUCGUGACUUAAAAAUAUUGACUACCGAUUCUCAGUUUUCACUCAAUGGUGGAGUGAUUGUUUUAGUGACUGGGUAUUUAACUGGAGAUGACAAAGUGCGAAGAAAAUUUACUCAAACUUUCUUUCUAGCCCCACAACAGCACGGAUACUUUGUCUUGAAUGAUAUCCUUAAAUACUUGGAUGUUGUGCCAGAUAAUGUUGUCGAAAGUACACCAGAAGCUCCUGUUCCCUCGAACCAUGUUGUUACAGAGCCCUCCGCUGUCGCUGAUCAGCCCGUGGUCAGUCAAACUACCCCUUUGGAGGUUGAGAUCACUAAUGAAAAGAAAGCCAAUAAUGUGAUGGAGACUGUUCCGGAACCUGUUACCAAAUACAAUGUGAGUGCUGAUAAUCCCAUUGAAUCAAGACAGAGUGUUACCCUGAAGGCAACGGAGGACGCAGCUCCUAAAGCCCAGAAGGAUGCUCCAAAGAAGUCUUUUGCAGCAGUGGUGAGUGCUUUGAGCGAGAAUAAAGCUCCAUUUGUUGUGAGGACACCUGUACGCAAACCUGCACCCAAACCUGUUGAGCAGCCGCGUGCACCUGUAACGCCUGAAGCUUUACCUCCCCGAAACAACCGUGCUGUGGAAAAGAAUAAUGUCCCUGCAGUUAAGUCUCAUGCCAUUUUCGUUGCCAAGUUGCCCAUGGAUGCAACUCAUGAAGAACUGGAGAAGAUAUUCAAGCCUUAUGGACCCAUCAAGCGCAAUGGGAUUCAAGUUCGAAGCCAUUGGGAUCAGGGAAACUGUUUUGGGUUUGUGGAAUUUGAAUCUGCUGACUCCAUGCAACGUGCACUUCAGGCAUCUCCUAUCAAAUAUGGCAAUUAUGAGCUACAAAUUGAAGAGAGACGAGCCAGCGACAAAGGAAGGUUCUCAUCGGGAAGGGGUGGAUACCAAAAUGACAACUUUAGGGGCCGUGGGAACUACAAUGGAGGCCGCGGAAACUACAAUGGAGGCCGUGGUUAUGGAAGAGACGAUCAUGAGAAGAGGGGUGAAUACCGUGAAUUCUCCGGUCCAGCUGCCGGGCGCAAUGGAGAAGCUUAUCAGCACCAGAGACCUUACCAGAAUGGAGGAAAAGCUCCUCGUCAAACAUCAAAAUCUGCAGCUUAAGUUAGGUUAAGGAUCUUAUCAGGUUGAAACAUAUAAGAAAAAGCUUAUUUACUUAAGAGAUUUCAUACACUAGGCGUUUUUGGUAGGCAGAAGUUAGAGAGCGGCCAUAUUACGAGGUUCUUUACCUUGCUCACUUUUUCGAGUUUUCUUCGGUUUAAAAAAUUUUGUAACUAUAUUUUGGUGGAAUAAUUAUUAUUGGAAGCUUCAUAAUUGAGUAACGUUAGGAAAGACCA